CUCCGCCCGCCAGGGUCCCCGCCCCGGAGACUGCCAUGGUACCGCCGCCGCAGUCGCCGCCGCUCUGCACGCUGCCGCCGGGCCCCGGGCCGCCCCGCUUCGUGUGCUACUGCGAGGGGGAGGAAAGCGGGGACGGGGACCGCGGCGACUUCAACCUCUAUGUGACGGACGCCGCGGAGCUUUGGAGCACCUGCUUCACGCCGGACAGCCUGGCGGCCCUCAAAGACCGUUUUGGCCUGAGUGCGGCUGAGGACAUCACCCCCCGGUUCAGGGCAGCCUGCAAACAGGAAGCUGUGACUCUGACCCUGCAGGAGGAUGGAGCAUCCCUGACCCUUUCAGGGGGUCCUUCAGCGCUGGCCUUUGACCUCUCCAAGGUGCCGAGUGCAGAGGCAGCUCCCAGGUUGCAGGCGCUAACACUGGGCCUGGCAGAGCGUGUGUGCUGCCUGGAGCGGCGGCUAGCAGUGGGGUGUCCACUGGCUUUCUUCUCCAGCUGCAGAAGAAACAGCCGCCAGCCCCAGGAAGACCCCGCGACCAUCGGGGCCUCAGCUCUUCCUACCAGACCCAGAUCCCCAGAGGGGUGGCCCCGGACCUGGAGUCAGGAGACGGUGUCCAGGAGAGUCCCUCAUCAACCCCGGCUUCAAGAGUAAGAAACCAGCUGGUGGCGUAGAUUUUGAUGAAUCCUGAUGGUAUAGCAAAAAAUGUGGCCCUGCUAGGAGCCUGCUUGUGAGGGGAGGGGGAGCCCCUGAGCCCCCCAGUGAAAGCUCCACCCCCACCUCUACCUAACUGUUCUGCUGCCAAGCAGGAAUGAGGCUACUUCUCCAGUCUCUUCUCCGUCAAAUAAAAGAAUCGCUCAGGUGGA